UCUACACAGAAUCAUCUGACAGAAAGACGUCGAAUCGGCCUGCAGACGUUCUCCGUCUCCAACCAGCAAACGAGCUAGCCACCAUGGACCCACCCAAAACCAAACCGGAGGAUUCAGCCCCAGAAGUGGGUCCGCAACAGACAGCAAAAACUAAGGUCACUGAGGAUACAUCCAUCAAUACGCCCAACUCUGACGAACAAUCCUCUGGGCCCAUCCCUGACGUCUCCCAAACUGUGCCAGGAUCAGAGAACAAUUUGGGCACACAGAGUUAUGAUUCACAGUGGAUGAAGCAACAGAAUGACCGCGUGGAAAAUUUAAUGAAAAAGGUCAAGUUCCAGAAGUCCAAGGACAAAGAGAUCAUGGUGGAGGUAGAGCAUCAUGGAGUGCACAAGUCAGAAAAAAUUUUGAUCAGGAAAAAGACAAAAAAAUUAACUGAGGAGAUCGUCACCCUGAAGAGUAAAAACUCACAACUGAAUAAGCAGAUCAGUGAACUACGGCUAAGCUGGGAGAUGGAGAAAAGAGCCAAAGAGGAAGCUGAGAAAAAAGUUAAAAUUUUGCUUGAUGAGAAUAUUCAUCACUCUGAAGAAACUGCAGAACUGCAGAAAGAAAUCACGAGACUGGAGGAGACUAUUAGUAUUCUGGAGAUCAAGAGCGAACAGGAAACAGAGCACUGGAAGACGACAACAAAAUACACUGAAACUGGCGAUACUGUUGACGGCACCGGGAUCAACUUUGGUGGAUUCAGAAAAACUGACUCUUCUAUUGAAAUUAUGAUUGCAGAGCAUGAAUCCCAGAUCAUUGAAUGGGAGAAGAAAGUGAAUGAGAAGCAAACCAAACUCACUGAAGCUCUGAAUAAGAUUGUGUCCCUCUCUCGAGAUAUAGACAUCAAAACCAAACAGAUAGAGUUCCUCCACACUGCAAUACAAAAAGCAGAGGAAAUGUACAAGUCUCAAUAUGAAGCACUUUUGACAGAAAAGAAUCAAGAGUACCAGAAUUACAAAAGUUUGAGACUUGAACAUCAGAGAAUGCGUUUGGUGAUUGAAAAGUACAAUUCACUGCUGGAAUUUGAGGAAAGCAGAAUCAAGAAAUCUGUGCCAGACAAACAGUCCUCUGAUUCAGAAGGGGUUGGAAAUACAGAGACGACUAAGUUCACCAACGAGUACGAAGAAAAGAACUCUUACUGCAAAAUGAAGAUCAAUGCUGAAGGGGUUGCCGCUGAGCACCUCAAUAAGAACAUAAAGACAAAAACAACUGUAACUUCCACAACAAAUUCAGAACAGGACGUUAAUCCACAGGAAACUGGUUCACCACAGAGUGGAAGUGGCAUGGAAGAUAUGAAAGGCAAACUGGACCAAGGAGGCAAAAACAAAACUGGAACUUCCAGCCAAACUCCAAUUCAGGAAAAUAAACCAGUGGAAACUGGUUCACCACAGAGUGGAAGUGGCAAGAAAGAUACGAAAGGCAAACUGGACCAAGGAGGCAAAAACAAAACUGGAACUUCCGGUCAAACUCCAAUUUAGAAAACUUCCAAUUAGAAGAAACAUUAAAGGAUCAGUUGGAUUAGAAGUGAACAGAACAGAAGGACGUCGUCCCACCAGACAAGAAGGAACAUGUCCUCCUCUGACCAACUCAAAGAAUGCAAAAUAUAACUAAGACAAAGAUAAUUAAAUUAGAUAAUUAAAUCUUCA